UUUAGACUUGAUCCUGUAGUAAAAUGGUCCUGUAAGUGAAAGAAGAUGGGGUCUGGCUGCCUAAAAGUCACCAAGUACUUCCUCUUCCUCUUCAAUCUCCUGUUCCUCAUCCUGGGCGCUGUCAUCCUGGGUUUUGGAAUAUGGAUUCUGGCCGACAAAACCAGUUUCAUUGCGGUUCUACAGAUGUCAUCUCCCUCCGUGAAGACUGCUGCAUACAUCCUCAUCGGUGUUGGAGCUCUCACCAUGCUGAUGGGGUUCCUGGGCUGUCUUGGAGCAGUCAAUGAAAUCCGAUGUCUCUUGGGUCUGUACUUCACCUGCCUGAUGGUAAUCCUUAUAACUCAGGUUGCUGCUGGGCUUGUCAUCUAUUUCCAGAAAGAAAUGCUGAAAGAAGAGUUGUCCCACAUAGCUGGAAGACUGAUUGAAAAUUAUGACCCUAUGAAUGAUGACCAGAGGAACUUACAAGUUGCAUGGGACUAUGUGCAAACACGGGUUGCCUGCUGUGGCUGGACUGGAGCAAAGGACUGGGAAAAGAAUGAGAAACUUAUCAACGAAAGCAUGACUGCGUAUCCCUGUUCCUGCUCCAAUAGCUCCAAGGACGUUCAGGCAGAGAGUGGUUUCUGUAACCUGGAUGUCCCUGUCAAUGGCACUGCAACAUCCGCUGACUGGCCUGUUUACGAGCAGGGAUGCAUGGAUGGUGUAGAGGAGUGGUUGAAGGACAACCUUGGUAUCAUUCUUGGAGUCUGCACUGGUGUUGCUGUUAUAGAGCUGCUGGGGAUGAUACUGUCCAUUUCACUCUGCAAGAACAUACACAGUGAAGACUACACCAAAGUGCCCAAGUCUUGAGUUGGCUGACUCCAGAGCUACAGCACCAUGGAGAAAGGAGCAAACAGAACAUUCCUGCCUCAUACCCAGACUGUCCAACCAUUGACCAUUAUUCCUGUGGCAUCCCACUUCUGAUACCACUCUGCUAAGAACUCUUAGAGCUGCAAAACAGCCUGAUAUUCUGGCAAUAGGGCCCUUGGGCCACCUGCAUCCUGCCUCUGGAUUAUUUCUACUUCAAGAAGCAGAACUUAACUGUCUCAUAUCACAUGAGACACCGAUUAACCUGAGGGGACAAUGCUUUUGCUGCCUGCUCCAUGUUAAACGAUACUAUUCAUAUCUCCAUUCUGUAACCCACUGGGCCUAACAUACAGUAACUCCUCUCCCACCUUGGUUCUCCUCCCACACAUCUUUCCCCCUACCCCCAGAAGUCCCAUCUCUUUGUCCCAUGAGCCAGGAUUGCUGUUGAGAUUCCAGUGCUUUGGUAGCUUCACCUACUUCACUGACGUGUGGUGGUAACUAGCUAUGCUUUAUAGGCCUUCUUCUCCCUUGCAGUUAACCUGACUCAGCUCCUACUAUGCAUCUUCCAGCCUAGACUCUCAUGUGAAAUGUCGAGUGCUGCCCUCAUUCUCACUUCUCCUGCUUUUGGAGUUAGCUAUGCCUUGCCUUCAGUGGAGGUCUUCCCUCUGAGCGUGAUGAGAAGCCACCAGGAGGGAACCAAGCCUACCUAUUCCUAGUGUGGCCUGGCAGAUUAUGGUGGUGCUCAGCUGCUUCUGGAAUGGGUCCCUUGGGUCUGGAUUUGACACUUAACAUGUUUCUCCCACUUGCCUCUUUUUCCUCUCCCCCUAGCUCUGCUUUGCUGGCUCCCGUCAGCUUGGAGACACUUCAGAGCCUGCUGCAUAGUGUGGACUCAGCCCCAGGCUGGCUCUCCUGGUUGCAUUCUUGGGUUGCCAACUUUUAUAGCGGUUACGAUUAACUUCGUUCUUCCCCUGCCCCCUUUAUGGACAUAAAAGUUGUUAGCUGUGGUUUUUAAUUAUGAAUAUAGAAGAAUCUGACUGGAUUGCUGAUGCUGUAUAUUGGAGCUAUCACUGCUACCAGUGCCCGGUUUAGGUUCUGUAGUUUGGAUACAAGGAUAAGUUGCUUUUAUUUCAGUUGGCCAGUCUUCUGACUCCACUGUGGUCUGGAGCCAUGGCUGCAUCCUGAGCUCUGUCUCGAGUGUAAACACUGCAGCAGAUAAGUAGCUGGUUCUGCAGUCGUGCAGGCUGGGUGGUUUCUGUACUUAAUGGCCGGGCUGUUCGCUCUAUUCAGCCAGUGGCCAGCACCAAGGAGUGGUGUAGAGC